AUGGGUCAUCUUCUGGCUUUCCUCGCGGGCGCUGGCGUAGCGACGUGGUACGCCCGACGGCACUCACCCUACCACUUCCCUCCCUCCGGCGCCGGGCCGUACCACUCCGCAUAUCCAUCGCAAGAAGAGCGGAACAAGGAAUGGGAAGAGCAUCGGGCGCGAUUUAGGGAUAUGAGCGCUCAGGCGGGGAGCACGAUGAUGGACGUUACCGAAGCUUCGCUGGACGUUAUGCAAGUCGCCGUUCAGACUCUUAGAGAGAAGCUCGCGGAACAUCGUACGAUAAGAAUGGAGCAUCAGCAGCCUGUUUCUCCCCCGAAAGAUCAGACACAUAAGCCGCUGGAAGCAUGA